GUUUCUGCUUUGGCUUGCUGCUCUACUUCCGCACCCUCGCCUUUCUUUACAGAUACCUUUUAUACCUCCUCUCAUCAGCAGCACCAUGAUUCCGGCAACUCGAAAUGGGCUACUGCUCGUUGGCGUGCUCAUUUUCGACAUUUACUUCCGCUCGCCUCUGCUGAAACCGCCAGCCAAGCGCCUGGUGCUGUUUAUCUACGAGCCCUACUAUAACCAGACGUCCAACGCAACCGAGGUCCUGGCGCCGUUCCUCAUGCAGAAGCUCAAGACCGAGGGAUCUUGGGGUAGCCGCCCGGGACACGUGGCAGACGUCAGUGCAGUUACCAAGGGAUGGAAGAUGAAUCCAGUCGAGUUCGAUUCGGUGUUCAACGAGAGCCGGCACACAUGGUCGUUCGGAUCGCCGGACAUCCUGCCCAUGUUUGCCCAUGGCGCAUCCGACAAGGACCGCUUUGAAGACUUUUCGGGCAACGGAGACCGCUUGGAUCGCUGGGUGUUUGACAAGACAGACGAGUUCUUUGCGGAUGCCUCGGUCGUCGGAUCGCAGCUCAAUGCGCAGAUGCACGAGGACCAGAUUGUGUUCUUCUUCCAUCUGCUUGGCAUCGACACCAACGGCCACGGCUUCAAGCCGUAUUCGCCAGAGUAUCUGGGUAACAUCCGGUAUGUUGACCAGGGGAUCCAGAAGCUGGUUGACAAGUUUGACAAGUUCUACGGCAACGACGGACAGACCGCGUAUGUGUUCACGGCCGACCAUGGCAUGAAUGACCGGGGCGCCCAUGGCGACGGACAUCCCGACAACACUCGCACCCCGCUGAUUGCGUGGGGCGCUGUGGCCGAUGGCCAAGUCGCCCCUGGACACGACGGGUUCUCGGCGCCGCGCAUGGAUGUAAAGCAAGCCGAUAUUGCACCGCUGAUGACAUCGUUGAUUGGUCUUAACUUCCCGCUCAAUUCGGUUGGCACUCUUCCGUUCCGCGCCCGCGCUGCACUGGCCAACUCGCUACAGAUCCUGGAGCAGUACCGACGUCAAGCACGAUCAGAAGCAGCAGACAGAGAUGAAUUUCACGCCCUACGCACCCAUGCACGACACAAACAACUCGCCCGAACAGGCGCUGGCACGCAUCAACCGCUUUAUCGACAUGCGCCGGUACCGGGAUGCCGAGGCCGACCUGCUGUUUAUUUUCAAGGCGUACGUGCUGCCACGCCCAGUCACCAUGCCCACGACUCCGGUGCACACCGCUCGGCCAAUGCCUGGCUAAUCGGUGUGCUGGGCCUGUGCAUUUUCUUGCUGUUCUCGGCAGUGUUCUACCGCCAGCACUCGCCGGCCAUGUACUACGCAUACGUGGCAUUCCCCACGUACUUUUGGACUGAAAUUGCCAUGCAGAUACCGCUGAUCGAGGAGGUGGUCAUGCACUACUUGCGGAUGAGCAAGCGCUGGCGCCCAGUUGCGUUUACGGCCAUAUACGUGCUGAUCCUUGAGGGCCUGGUCUAUGCAUACUUUGACCGCCGUGUGUACUCGGUUGCCUUUGGGCUCUUGGCACUGGCUUUGCCAUUGACUGUGUCAGCCAAGUUCCGCCGCCAACACGCCAAGCUGCUUGGCGCCUGGGUGGCAUUCUGCCUGCUGACCUCGGUCUUCACUCUGCUGCCGGUCGAGCGCAACGACCAUCUGGGCCUGGUGGUCGCUGGUGGCACCCUGAUCACCAUCAGCGGCGUCGUGGCCUGGUUCUACAGCGACUCGUUUGUGCUGCCGCCUGAGGGCGCUGCAAGCGGCCGGGCCCGCGACUCGAUUGCCUUCGACAAGACCAUGAUCCUGUUUGAGACUCUGUUGGUUGGGGUGGCCACGUUCCUUGGCCCGAUAACGUCGAUCGAGACCGAGAAGCGCGAGCGCCUGCCGCGCAUGCACCAGCUCGCAUGCUGGGCCAUACUGAUUGCGGCCACCGGCAUUCCGCUGCUACAGGGUACGCGCCUGAACCUGGGUGUCCGCGACCAGCACUUUGUGCACCGCCUGGUGACCAUCUACCUGUCGUUUGCGACGCCGUUUGUUUUGCUGACCAUCUCGUAUGAAAGCAUCUUCUACUUUUCAUACUCGAUCGUUCUGUUCCUGUGGCUAUCGAUCGAGCGUGCCCUAUACUACGAGAAGGCCGAGAACCAGCUGCUGGCGCCCGAGGAGCAGACGCGGCUGUCGGAGCUGUCGCCGCGCAAGGGCAUUUCAAUGCACAAAUCCUCGACGCCAUUCGCUGCCGGACGCAACCUGGGCAUCGACGACAUGCGCACCGGCAUCAUGUUCCUGUUCUUUGUCAACGUCGCGUUCUUCGGCACUGGCAAUGUAGCCUCGCUGGCCUCCUUCUCGAUCGACUCGGUGUAUCGCCUGAUCACCGUCACACUGCUGCUGUUCAAGAUCGUCAUCCCGUUCUUCAUCGUGUCCGCAGUCUUUGGUGUGCUGAACCGCAGCUUGGAGCUACCGCCAUUCAGCCUGUUCCUGUUUGUGCUUAGCACCACCGACGUCAUGACAGUCAACUUCUUCUUCCUGGUCAGCGACGACGGCAGCUGGCUCGAUAUUGGCAUGAGCAUCAGCCAUUUCUGCAUCUCGGGACUGUUUGUGCUGUUCACCAUCGUGCUGUUCGUCAUGAGCCAUGUGCUGGUCGGCCGUGUGCUGAUCCCGACGGUGCCAGUGCGCAACACAAAGAAGGAGCGGUAGAAAAACAUCACUGUUUUAUCUCUAGAGCGUCUUCUCCAUUGCCUUGCGUUUCUACAUAUGAGUUCUUUAAACAAACAUAACAGCUACUAGGCGUC